CUGCACUGAUAUGCGGUACUGACUGGCACUGAUAGGCAGCGCUGAUUGGAACAGAUAGGCGGCGCUGACUGGAACUUUUAAGUGGAACUGAUAGUUGGCACUGAAAGGGAGUUCUGAUGGGCACUGAUAUGUGGCAUUGAUGUGCACUGGUAGGCACUGAUAUGUGUCAUUGAUGUGCACUGAUGGGCACUGACAGGUGGCAUCGAAGGGCACUGACAGGUGGCACUGAUGGGGCUACACUGAUCAUCAGGGCACUGAUCAUCACUGAUCACAUGACAGAGACUGUGUCAUCGGCUCUUUACUGU